AUGGCGAACAGACUGCAGUUAUUAGAAAUGGCGUUCAAGGAUCAAGUUGUGGCCAGACUUUCCAUAGAAAGAGAGGUCAGCAAUCAAAGCUACGUGAAUCUUCUCUUGGACAAGAAAUUGGCCGCCUUCCAUGAACGUCUGGAUAACAUGAAUAUGAAAUAUCGUCUGCUAGAAAGAAGACUGGAUGAGAUUUCGUCUAGAUUAUACUCUGAUGAGUCUCUGGGUUUCCUAGUCAUAGUGCUAAUAAUAAUAGAGGUUAUAGUUCGAGUCAAACCCCAGGUUCAGUUAUUACAGUCUAAGCUAGCAGACAGGAAGGUCGAGAAAAAAGACGAGAAAUCAGAGAAAGAUUCAGAUAAAAUGAAGAAUGGUAAUGGGGUAAAUUAUUCACCGAAACAUGGAUUAACUUUAAAAAAUGAACUUUGUGUGAUUGUUUUUAAAAAAGAUAAUAAUAAUAUCAUAUCAACUUUUAUUGACGUCACGUUGAAAAAUCUUGAGGACGUCAAAUUAACAGUUCCAUCUCAUUACGUCAUAGAAAAACACGAGAUGUUACGUCAGUUACCACGUGCAAAACUAUAUCUGGUGGUAACAGAAUUAGAAGAAAAAUCAACUUUUGGUUUUUGUCGACAAACCAACAGUGAUAUGCAGAUUUCUACAAUUCGUUUUGUCAAAUCCUUGGGAGCUCAAGUAAUAGUAUUGGUGGCAAACGAUGAAAAUUCCAAGAAACUAACAGCUCAUUCACUGUACAAUACGUCAUUAAGAUUCGUCCAAUCACACGACAUCUUACAAGACCUAGCAACCAAUGGCAGAGUGUUUAGCAUGUGGCGGGAACUUUCCUCACAUCAAAUGGGUCAUUUUAGGAAAACUAUCAGGAAUGUUUUAGGCUUAAAAAUUCCAAACCGUUGA